CAAAACUCCGCCCUGCCUGUCGUUUCCAGUGCCCUAGAAGGUUUGGGAUUAGGUCGGGCAUGUCCCCCUACAGGCGGACUUGUGGCCAAAAAUAAGAAAUAGUCAGAACAUGCUCAAGAAUUGCCCAGACCAGUCAAAGAAUAGUCCCCAGACCAUUCUUCUGGACUGUUUGGGAGUUUUCCUUCAGGAGGGACACGCCCGACUCGCGUUUGGGAGGUGGGGGCCCCUUCCACUCGGAGCCCUUCGACGCCUCGGCCUUCGUGCCCGAGCCGCUGCCUUCAGCGGCGAGGCCCUGGGCCAGGGCCGCUUCGGCCGCUCGGGCGCCGUGCCCGGCCACGAGCUGGCGGGCCUGUGGCUGCCCCUCGUGGACCUCGUGGAGCUCUGCCCCGACGCCGAGGCCGCGGCGGGCGGCGCCGGCAGGGCGGAGGGCCGUGCCGCGUGCGCGGGCGCGAGGGUCGCGCUGCACCCGUGCCGCGGGCCGGAGGCGCGGGUGGAGGUGCGGGGGCGCGGCGCGUACGCGGCCGUGCGCUGCUGCUGGCACGCCGAGGGGGCGGGCCCGGAGACCGCGCA